AUCAACUCGCUGAUUUGAAAAUAUUGAUAUAACGUUUACUUCACAAUGAAAACGUUCUAGUCGUGUUCUAAUUACAGGAUGUUCUUAACGUCAUAUGUCUUAAAUUACAUCGCUUUGGGAUGAAAAUUAAUCAUUAAAGUAUGAUUAUUAAAAAGUUUGACAAUACGGUGUUAUUUAAUAAUAUGUAUGAAUGAAAUGAUCAUCGUAAUAAACGAAUGUCUUUAAUUAAGUGUGAUUAAUUAAGUAAAUUGUUAGUGGUCAAUGUAUUAUAAAUGGUUCUAUUUUUUAUCAUUUGCGAAUUAUAAUCACAUUUCAUUUUUAUUUGAUUUCAUUUCAUCGAUGAAAUGAUGAACCAAAUCUUACCUAAAGACACUCAAUAUGUACAAAAAGUUCUGAUGUCGUUAAUUUUUUUAUGUAUUACACAGUUAUUUAUUUAUUUGAACCAUGUACAACCUUAUUAUUUCAUUGAUGAGGUUUUUCAUGUACCUCAGACUUUGCGAUAUUGCGCUGGCAAUUUUACACAGUGGGACCCUAAAAUUACCACUUUACCUGGGUUAUACCUAAUUGCAACUCUGAUAUUAUCACCCUUAAAACUCUGUAAUAUUUUUUAUAUGAGAUGCAUAAAUUUGUUUGGAACAUUUCUGAAUCUCUAUCUUGCUCACAGCAUAAUUAAACAAAUUUCAAUAACUCAUUGGACGCAAAGAUGGAAUGAUUGGAUGAAAUUUACUGUGGCUUGUAACAUUAUGUUUUUUCCACCGUUAUUUUUUUGGCAUUUUUUAUAUUAUACAGAUGUCGCAUCAGUUAAUGCAAUAUUACUAAUGUUAUUGUUACAUUUAUAUAAAAAAUUUAAAAUGGCAGCUUUAGUAGGUUUUUUGUCUGUGUUAAUUCGACAGACAAAUAUUAUUUGGAUUGCAUUUAUUACUAUGGAACAUUUAUUUGACUUAUUAGAUCAUAAAAUGCACAAACCAAUUUCACAUGAACAGUAUACUUCAAUAAUGUAUUUAAGAUUGUUAUGGGAAAAAAUAAUGCAAGAAACAUGUCACGGAUGGAAGUUAUUUAUGAAGUUCAUCAUUCAGUUGGGUGUACAAUUGUUCCCAUACAUUGUAGUAUGUUUUAUGUUUAUUGCUUUUGUUGUAUGGAACAAAGCAAUUGUAGUUGGAGAUAAAACAGCUCAUGUUCCCACUGUUCAUAUUCCUCAAUUGUUAUAUUUUUCUACCUUCCUAUUUUGCUUUUUAUGGCCACAUAUGAUUAUUUACUGGAAAGAUUAUUUAAAGUUUAUUAGUAAACACUGGGUGUUUGCAAGUUGUAUCUUGAUCCUUUUAACUAUAAUUGUUCAUUUUAAUACUCUUGUACACCCAUAUAUAUUAGCUGAUAAUAGACAUUAUGUAUUUUAUUUUUGGAAUAGGUUAAUGGGAAGAUAUAAACAAUUUAAAUAUCUUUUGGUACCAAUAUACUCAUUCACUUUAUAUACAAUGUUUCACGGACUUAAACAUUUAAGAUUUAUGACACAAAUUAAUUACAUCAUUAUGGUUUCUGUAGUACUUAUUCCUCAGUUACUAAUAGAACCGCGUUACUUUAUUAUUCCAUAUAUACUUUAUCGGUUCCUUGUUAAGGAACCAAAGAAGUGGCAAAUUAUUGCAGAAUCAAUAACUGUAAUUAUAGUAAACUUUUUACAAUUCUAUAUCUUUGUCAAUAAAGUUUUCUAUUGGAAUGAUCAGCUUUAUCCUCAAAGAAUUUCUUGGUAAAUUAAAGGAUGAAAUUUUAUGACUACAAACUUGUUAUUUGUUUAAUAAAUUCUAAAAUUUCCAAAAUGUAUGUAUUUAUUUCCAUCCUGUAUAAUUCUUACAAUACCUUUUAAAUUCAUAUUUAUUUAGAAGAAUAUCUAUACAAUAUAUUGUAGAUAAGAAUAUAAUAUAAUAAACAUGCUUACGCGUGUGUAUAUAGCACUUAUAUAUAUAGCUCGUAUAUAUAUAUAUAAUAGAAAAAUACAUCAUAUAAUAAUUCAUUUUAAGAUUCACCUUUUAUAUCAUUUUUAUAAGUCAUUAAUACUUUUUCUUUUUUAAUACUUUUCUCAUAAAUUUUUACUCGUAGAAUACUUUUACAGUAUUUAACAAUAGCGCUUAACAAUAAUUGAGAUUCAAUGAGUGGAAAUAUAACAAUUCAAGAUUUGAAGUAAAGCUUGUAAAAUUUCGCGUCUUCUGUAUUGUAUGUAGAUUCUUAUAAUCUUCUUUCGUUUCUUAGAAACAUAUCAAUAUAAUAGCGUAAAUCAUUUGUAACACAUUAAGUGAAUAACAAGUAAAUAAAUAAAUAUAUGGACAUUAAUAUUCGACAAAUU